ACUCCGUCCGGGCGCCCCUGUGGAGGCGGAACUACUGUGUCAGGGGUCGGGGGUUUCAGGGAAAACUCGUGGUGGGAUUGACAAGGGGGAGGGCAGUAGGCGGGACUUCCGGCCGGCUGUUCCGUCAGCUGCCUUUCCCGGGCGUCUCCCCACCACCUCCUCGACUUCCCUUGUCCGUGACGCUGCGCCCGGGAGAAAUCCGACGGGACAGGGGUCGAGGGAAGAAGAUGGAUGCACAGAGUUCAGCCAAAGUCAACACAAGAAAGAGGAGGAAAGAGGAACCUGGACCCAAUGGGGCAACAGAGGAAGAUGGGAUUCCUUCCAAAAUGCCACGCUGUGCAGUUGGUUUACGGCAGCCAGCUCCUUUUUCUGAUGAAAUUGAAGUAGACUUUAAUAAGCCCUAUGUCAGGGUAACUAUGGAAGAAGCCAGCAGAGGAACUCCUUAUGAGCGACCUGUGAGAGUUUAUGCAGAUGGAAUAUUUGACUUAUUUCAUUCUGGUCAUGCCCGGGCUCUGAUGCAAGCAAAGAACCUUUUCCCUAAUACAUACCUCAUUGUGGGAGUUUGCAGUGAUGAGCUAACGCACAACUUCAAAGGCUUCACGGUGAUGAAUGAAAACGAGCGCUAUGACGCAGUGCAGCACUGCCGCUAUGUGGAUGAGGUGGUGAGGAACGCUCCCUGGACCCUGACACCGGAGUUCCUGGCAGAGCACCGGAUUGAUUUUGUAGCCCAUGACGACAUCCCUUAUUCUUCUGCUGGAAGUGAUGAUGUUUAUAAGCACAUCAAGGAAGCAGGCAUGUUUGCUCCAACACAGAGGACAGAAGGUAUCUCUACAUCAGACAUCAUCACCCGAAUUGUCCGGGACUAUGAUGUAUAUGCCAGACGAAACCUACAGAGGGGCUACACGGCAAAGGAGCUCAAUGUCAGCUUUAUCAACGAGAAGAAAUACCACUUGCAGGAACGGGUUGACAAAGUGAAGAAGAAAGUGAAAGAUGUGGAAGAAAAGUCAAAAGAAUUUGUUCAGAAGGUAGAAGAAAAAAGCAUUGACCUCAUUCAGAAAUGGGAGGAGAAAUCCCGAGAAUUCAUUGGAAAUUUCCUGGAAAUGUUUGGUCCAGAAGGAGCACUGAAACAUAUGCUGAAAGAGGGGAAAGGCCGGAUGCUGCAGGCCAUCAGUCCAAAGCAGAGUCCCAGCAGCAGCCCCACUCGUGAACGCUCCCCCUCCCCCUCUUUCCGAUGGCCCUUCUCUGGCAAGACUUCCCCUCCUUCCUCCCCAGCAAACUUCUCCAGGCGCAAGGCUGCAGCCUAUGAUAUCAGUGAAGAUGAAGAAGACUAAUUUUUCAUCCCUCCUUCCCUCUCCCCACCUUCUGUCCCAUCACCUUCAGAAGCUCUCUGUUGAAUUCCAAAUUGUGAUCCCAACAAUAAACCUAAGGACAGCUACAAAGGAAAGACAAUUGGGCAAGAGGACCUCAGAUGGGGGGACCAGACAGCCCAUCCUCCAAGAGACAUCACCCACCCAAGAAGGAGGCUGACUACACCUUAGAAGCCUGUUCUGCAUCCGUAUACCCUCCCCACGGACUUUGAUUUACUGUUUAUGUUCAUGUGAUCUUGACAGGGAAAUUGUCAUUUUUAUUAAUUUUUAAAAAUUAGUCUUUCAAAUAUAGUAAAUAGAACUAAUUUUUUGCCCCUGAGGAGUGGGCAGAAGGAAGUGGUGUAAUACCCAGAGGCCUUUUCUUCCUGAUACACUAUGAGUGUUUGCCUUCUGUUGUGAGGCAGACCAGCUUGCCAAGUCCUUCAGGCAAUGAGCCAUGCUGAUGGGUGAUUUGGGUGGGGGAUGAAAUAUAAUUUUGGUUUCCUUAAAAAAAUGCUAAAAGCUAGGUGAUAGUCACAAAUCCCCUAACGGUGCUGCUUGCACGUGUCAAGGUGGCUGUGGGAAGGAGAUCUAAGCCUAGCUUUUCUUACUCCCUGAGGAGUUUCUUGUUGGACCCAAUGGGGUCCAUGAAGACACUUAUAGGGAUGGAACCAGUGCACAUAGUAUCAGCUGCGCCUUUUCUGCUGUGUUCAUCUCAGAAAACUCUAUGGCCCAGUUAUUUGGGAGCUCUUGUCAAUCUCUCUUGUAAUCUAUUAUUAAAGGAAGGAACACAUUCAGAUUUACUGUGAUUGUGGAGGAGGUGGGACAAUACUCAACCCUGUACAAGUAAGUGUAGAUUCGUUUUCCCCCUGGAAUAAGUCCCUGGCCUUGCUAGUCCUAUUUCUGUGCUUAUUACCUAGCUUUUUACAAAGGAUACUUUGUAAAUGUCUGCAAUUUGAGCAUGAUCUAUUAAUCCAUGCUGCUCAAACUCAUAUUGAAUAGGGAGAUUUGCAGAGAAUAUAGAUGCAAAAGCAUAAGGAAAUACCUGCCUUCCUAUCUUGACCUCUGCCCCUCUUAAGAAUGUUCUUGACUGGAACCAGUGCUCCACACGGUGUUUGUUUUCCUCUGAGAGUGGCAGCUAGCAGGGACUUACUUUCCUCUACUGCCCCUCCAGCAAGCCACAGAGCAAGGGUUCACAUGACAAGGAUAUGAUAGGUUCUUUCCCUCUCCCACAUGUGCCUGGUGGCUAUGGUCCCACUGCCCCUGUUAGGUUGCCCAGGGGGAUUCAUCCCUUAAAUUUCACAUCAGAAAAUGCAGAAGUUUAACACUUGCUGUUGAGCUUGAGCUCAUUUUAAAUCUCUAGCAUCCUAUAGCUACAUGACUUAGCAGAUCAUAACCUAUCAGUAAUCCUGUAACUGGGUACAGGAUUAUGUCCAGGCCCCACCGCGUCACUCAUAAAUACCCCUUGUGGGGGUGGAGUUUUAGUGUUUUCAGCUAAGAAAACCACAUUUUAUCUUUUCUUGCCCUUCUGCUAGGGCUGUGAGCAUCUCAUAGUCAUCUCCCUUCCUGGUAAAACCUGCCUGCCUGUGCACCAAAACUACAUAGGUUCUUUAAACUCAGAUCACCCAGAGACAGAGCAUGGCAGAGUAGAGGGACAAAGGGGGGGAACGUCUUGUCCUGAUGGCCUAUGAAAACUACAUUUCUAAAUCUUCUCAUGAAGUGUUAUUUUUACUCUCAAAUCUGGUUUACAUGAGCUUUGGCUUGGGGGGGGGUGUCCUGUUUUUGAAACAGGUGAAGUUAAUAUUUGCCUACAUUACCCAGCUUCAUAUGAUCACUUGCUUUAACUUUUCUGCUUCAGUCUUCUUUGGGAAUACUAUUUCAGUCUCACUUUCCCUGGUAUAGAAAGGCAGUGAAGUCACCACUGAAGCCCACCUACCUGUUCCCUCAAAGUACACGUUACUCAGUAUGUUUGGAAAGGGAGAUGCCCCAAAUAUGGUUUUCCUCCCUGUAGUCACUCCUCUCAAGUGUGUUGUGUGGGUCUUGAAUCUUUGGGCCCUCCUCUGCGCUGUCAAUGGGCUGCUUUUGGCAUGCCGGCCCUCCGAAUAUGACGUCUAGGCUGAUAAUCUCUGUGACACAAGUAGGGCCCGCAUGUGCACACUUACUUGGAAAACUCUCUUGCCUCUUUUGGUGAGCCUCUACAGCCUGUCUCCUAACACUAGUGUAUCUUCAAAUACUUUUGACUGAAAGCAAAAACUGUCAUGGUGCAGCAGCUUAGAUACUCUGGGAUGAGUGUGAUCCUUGGUGCUGGAUAAGAAUGGGUGGAUGAAAGAAGCUGUGGGGAUGGUGCAUUAUUUGAUCAUUUGUGCCUGAUUAAAUGAGGUUAGGGGUUGGCAUACCACAACCACACCCAUGACUUGUACAUCUUCCAGUAUUAAUGUUUGAGGUUGUGGAGCUGUUUCUCUGAAUCCCACCCACAAAGCUGUUAGCUUGAGUAGGCCAAAUGUGGCAGAGAUGGGAGAGCCUUCGAAGGUGGUUGGCCCCAGAGCCUCUGUAUGCAAGGCAGGAGGAGCAUGGAGAAGGAAGUCCUAUUGCUGGUGCUAGGGAGGUGCUGUUUCAGCAGUUUCCUUGAGAUAGGCUGGGCAGAAAAUUCGCUCUUUUCAUGUACUAGACUCAGUAGCACUGAAGAUUAGAGUUUGAAACUUUAGAGUAAUAGAAAGGGGUCAUGUGUACUGCUACAGCUGCUGCUGAUAGAGUCAAAGGCCAUUAUUUUGCUGAGGUUUGGGUAAGAAGGUUGGGGAUGUGAGGAGGUUGGGCAUCUUGAAGUGGAGAGGAAAUAGGAGUGAGGUCAAGAGAACUUUGACCUUUUGUAAUCACUGACAACUUCUUACGCAGCACCUGAGUUGCAUUUUUAAAAUUUUACUUGUGACCACUCACCUGGUCGGGCAGCCUCUGCGUAUCCCCUCUACAGUAGUUCACCGUGCUUUUGUUACUCUCUUUCUGUAUUCUCUUGACUUAUGGGUAGCUUUUGAUUUUCUGGAGCUCAUUGCCUUUUUAAUCCUGUUCUAGAUCCCAUAUUUAAAGUCUUUCCAAAUCAAUUAUACUUUGCUGCUUUUCUUUAAUUCCCUAAAAGCCAUAGUUUCUACAUUUUCUCACCAGAGGUCGAACCAAUACAUGUAGAAAAACAACUCCCUUAACAAUGUUUUUAACUAAUGGUAUUUUUUUUUAAGCUUACCAAUAUAAGUAUUUUUGAAGGUUAUAUUUUUCAAAGUCAUAUAAUGAUUGUUCUUGUUUUCUCUCAUUGAAUAGAUUGUCAUGGGAUAGAGAGUUGUCCCUAGCUUCUAUUUUUCCAAAUAAGUAGAACAUGUUCUUGGGAUUAUGCUAUUAAAUGUUAAUUUUCUUUAAAAGAAGGAAGAUUUUUCUGUCUGCCAAACUUACACGUUAGUACUCAGAUUGGGAUAGAAAACAAAAGUGCAAGGUUUAACUCAGGUUGUGUUCUUUUAGGUUUAAAGUGGGGUUUCCCACCCUUUUUUGAAGGCACUUGACUGUUUUGAAUACAGAGACUUGGUGGGUUGGAUUUUUUUGUAUUGAAGAACCUGAAAAAAAAAAAGUCCUGGAAAGAAAUGCUGGCCUCAGCAUGAAAGUUAACCCCAUCACCAGUGCUGACGUCUGCAGGAAGGUUUUCCGCAAUUGAUGUUCAGCAUAUUGUUUGCCUGUCUGAGUGUCAUUAAUUUGUUCAGAGUUAUUCUGGCUUUUGUCAUUUAGCCAAAUAAAAGCAAAGUGAUUUUACCUAA